AAGAUGGCGGAAAUGAAUUUGAGCUUUUAGCUGGUUUCCUUUUGCUUGCCCAUGAUCUUGUUGUUUGGAAGAAAACAGUAAUAACUACAAACUCGAUGGCAAAUGACAUAUUAGAAACACUCUACUUGCCAUUACUACAAUGAAGCUGUCUCCGCGUGUUGUGCCAGGAGCACUUCAUUCACAAAAUCGAGGGGCUUGUGAUUGGUGAGUUUUCAUUGCCGAAUGUGGGGGGAUUGGUAAGGCUGGUAAUUUUACGGAAGAAUAUUAUUUUGUUUGUAUUAUGUGCUCUUGAUUUCUUCAAGAUCAAGAGCUAUUUUGAGAUGUAACAAUUUUAAGGGAACUGCAGGCGGCAGGGGGUAUUUUGCAGAACGCCAAAUGACUCUGAGUUUGACUCUGAGUUUAUGCACCUAUCGAUGUAAACCCCGUGUGAGGGAGUGCGGGUAAGGGAUGGGGAUUUGACAAAUUUUAAAAUUUUUUGAUCAAAUUCCCCAGGGUGGGAAACGAAAGGUCAAUCAAAAGUGUCAAAAAAGCCUCCACCCCAUUGGAAAAAAUCUAAACAAAAAAUACAAACAAUGCUAUAACACACGAUGAGUCUACAUGAUGGGUCAGUGAUGGGUCCACUUCAGAUCAUUGCUAACAUAAACUCCAAGCAGCUUUAUAAACUGUGACCCUUUCGAUUCUGUUGCCAUCGAUGUAUUCAUGCUGAUACCCUAAAAGUAACUUUGGGAGCUCUCAUUGAAGUCACACUAUUGUUCUGAUACAAUACAACAGACAGAGAACCACUCGAAUGUUGGCAUUAUUGGCCACUUGUCUGAGGGGCAGUUUCACUGAUUAUCAAACCGAUGCAUUAGUUAACAACGAUAAUUCUGAGCGAAGAGAGUUUAUAAUCUCGUCAACCUCAGACUAGGGACAUACAUACACGCCCCUCACUAAGAGGGCCUCAUAACUGUUCACAAGUUUGUUUGAUGUGUUAAUGCCUUUUAAGACAAUGUCAUUGGUUAUAGACCUGGGGAUGGAACUGGGCACCUGAAUACAACUGAAUUUCAUGGAAAACAUUGUUUUGGAGAGCAAACCAAAUUUCUAGGGAAUGGGGAAAUAUGUGUUCUUUCCAGCCAGCAGCCUGACCUGUUAUUGAACAGAUCUCCCUCCUUUUCAUAUGGAAAAGUACUGGGCCCUGCUUUAUUAGCUGCUAAAACUGACCUUUUCCUUAAAUAAAUUUGAGGAAUGAUGAAGAAAGUUGUCCCUAGGAAAUUCUUAUGUCCAUCUACCAUUAUUUCCUUGACUUACCAUUACCUCCGUUCUUCUGAUCUCUCGUGUAAUUUAAGUUAAGCUACACCAGCCUCCUUUGAGUAAAGUCCCUUCCCUCCUCCAAUUAGUUGGUUGAGAUUUACAAUGUAAAGUAAACACCUUGGGGUGGCUUGAAGAAGUAAUGGUCUCUUCUUUGUAGAAACUAAUAAAUUGUAAAGGCAUUAUCUAGUAUCUUUUGUCUUUUUCAGGGGAUGGCAGUCAGUCAUUGCUUAUGGGUGUCAAAACUUUGUGGUUGUUUUUGAUCCCAAAUCAGUACAGGUACUAAAUAAAAAAUGCUCAUGUAUUUGAUUGUGGUUUAAAUUAUAGAUUUUUAUGGACUGUUUGUUUUUGUAGGUUAUUCAAGUACUUAACUUGCACACUGCACCCUGUACAAAGGUAACUAUUAUCUUUCACAUUGGUAUGUUUGGAAUGUAGUUGCAAACUAAAGGGAUCUUUGGAAAAAGUCCAUGUGACUUACUAUAAACUUCCAGAUUCUUCUUUCAACUAGGCUUGCAUACUUGGGACCUUAUUUCUUGAAUUUUUUUUCAAUAUUAAUUUUCAGUAAACAUUAUUUUUAACUGGUUUGAGUUUUAAUAUGUAACAAGGGAAAAAGUUAUAAGUUUUAUGAUUUUGGUAAGGCAAUGUCAUAUGUGAUUUUUAAAUCUUAUUAUAUGACUAGCUAUUCAGUGAAACCACUUUUUCAUUGACCGGUAUAAGGGAUGUAUGAUAUCAACGUCUCUUAUGUGCUGUUUUAGGUAAAAUGGGCCCGUAACAACUUUCACCAUGACCUAAAUUCACCAUAUGUUCUUCGCUUGGCUUCUGGAGAUGCAGCUGGCAAUGUGAUUGUUUGGGACAUCUCCCAAGGUAGCUCAGUAGCAGAGUUUUCUGAUGGAAACAGGCCAGUUCUGGAUCUAGAGUGGCUCGGAACUCAGGAUGCUUGUCACGAUCUGUUGGUGGUGCUCCAUGCACCAUCAUCAAUGAUUCUGUGGAAUGCUGACACUGGAACUAAACUGUGGAAGAAGACUUUCCAAGAACCUUUACUAUGCUUUGCUUUUGAUCCCUUCACUUCAUCUAAUGUCACUUGUAAGUAACUCUGGAAAAUAGAGUCUCUCUGAUGAUGAGUUGCUGUAAUUUGUUGUAAAAAAAAAUAUGUGCAUAAUGUUUGUGUGAAUUAUAUUUCAUUUCCGUUUUAGUUUUUUUAAAUUUUAAUUUUGUUACACUGUCAUAGAUUCUAUCAAUGAAGUGAUUAUGUGAAAAUUGAAUCCAGUAGUCAUUGUCACUACAGGCACCAAUUUUAAAUCUGAAAUUUUAACUGCAUUGCAUGUGAAUUCACUGCUCAUUUGCAAGAAUCUGGUACUAAUGGAUACAAUUUUUAAAUAAGAAUUCAUUUAUAGAAUCUUUAAAAGUAUGUUUUACCUGGCUUAACUAUAAGUAGCAAUGAUGUUGAUUACUUCUUAUGCACACUGUUUGUUACACAGGUCACAAAGAUACCAAACUUCAUACACGUACCCUCUAAGGACACCUCUGCAAUGCAGAUAGUUGGAUGACUGUCUCUGUUGUGUUCAGGGUUGACUGUGUCACUAGACUGAGUGUUAUUAAUAUUAUUUUCUGUUUUGACCUCAGUGAUGUGCCAAGAUUGGAUCCUAUUUAUUAAUGACUUUUCCAUCAACAAAGCACCAGAGAGUAAUGGCCGUAAGUUCUACCUGACAAGUUCUGGUGCCUCCUCACCCAGUAGCAGCUUCACAGGGUCCCCAACUGCAGGACCUGAUAGUAAAUAUUCAUCCAAACCUUCAACUCCCAGAUCUGCACUGGCUAGAGUCAGGAUUUGGGCAGGAGGUGAAUCAAGAAACAGGUACACACAAUACAAGUAUACUAUCAUCUCUUAAGGGCAUAUAAAUUCUUUGUGCUGUCAUUUUGGAAAACCCUCAUGCUAUAGUGUCCUGCUUUCAUUUUAAUGGCAUGUAGUACGUACUACACAUAUGAUAACAUUUGUAGCAUGCAAAUGUCUAUGAUACAGGUCAAAUUUGAUUUCAGGUUAGAAAUUUUUCACCUAGGUUGAUUCUCAAUUUCCAUUGUCUCCUAGCCCUAGAAGACAAAAGACACUGAGAAUCAACCAAGGUCAAAAAAUUUGAACCCAAAAUAAAAUUGGACCUGUAACAGCCAUAAUGGCUUAGUUUACCGUAGAGAUUUACAUUACACUUUAAGUAAGUCUUUAAAUCAUCACCCCACCCCAGCAAGAUAACAUAAUUUUUCUUCUGUUUCAGGGCUGGAGAGGAAAAUGUUGCUUUCAGUGACUGCCUUCAGCUUGCAUACUUACAAUCUACUUGUCAUCACCUUCUCGCCUUGUUUCCUAGAGAAGUAAUGAUCUUAGACAUGGAGAUCAACCAAGCUGUGUGUUCAUUCAGUUUGGAACGAAACAGUCCUUCUUUUCUUCACAUCAUUCCCUGUCAGCAGCGUGAUGUCCUUAUGUGCUUACAUGAAAAUGGAAGUGUAAUCAUGCGAGUGCGAAGACGUGUACCAAAGAACCCUUAUUUUGUAGAACCCAGUGAUGAAACUACCAGUGAUGCAAGCACAUCAGUGGAUAUUAUUUACGAAAAUAAGUGUCAGUCAGAUCCUUUGCGACUCAGCAAAUCAAGCAGAUUGUUUGGUUUCAUGUGUUGUCCCGUAAGUGAAAGAAAGGUUGCAUUGUUGAUCAGCGAUGGUAGAAUUAUUGUUUGGGAGUUAAAAGCCACAAGACUCCAGACCACAGAGGCAUUACUGAUGUCAGAAGAAGCUAUGACAGCAUCACUGCCAUUAGAUGCUGAACUUGGAGCUUUGGAUUGCAGCAUUAAUCCCAAUUUAACUCUUUCAAAUGUGAUCCCUCCACCACUUUCUUCUGGGAAAGUAGUUCCAAAUACAACUCAUUUCAAGUUCAUUAUGAGCAGCCUGUCAAGCACAGUGUCAUCUCCUCCAACAUGUGCUGUCAUGUGUCCACCCUUAACAACGAAAAACUGGUCUACCUACAAGCCACUCAUAGCUGUCGGUAAGCUGUCAGUAAAGUUGCAGUCAUGCUCAAGUGAUUUACCUGUAAUGUGCAAAUUGAAGUUUUCACUGCUAACAGCAUAAUGUUGCAAUGAUGGCAGUGAAUAGGAAUCCAUCUGCACCUUGUCCCUACUUCAGAGUGUAUACAACCUUUGCUUCUUUAUAUGAUCCUCAUUUAUUACUUGUCUAAGAAUCACACAUUUCGGGGAAAAGAAAAACUUAACAUCCAGUGGCAGAUUGUAAAAACGUUUGAUGUCUGGAGUAGCAUUUUCACACCAAGUACCAGUAUAUGGAAAAGAGAAACAAAGUUUUAAUGAUUUCAGAAUUCAAAAUAAAAAAGGAUUGUGAUGAAGAAAUUUCAUCUCUUACCUUGUUUAAUUUUCUUACUAGGUAACAGUCAAGGAUGCAUUCAAGUUUUCAACCUUGGAACAGGAUUGCUUACCAGAGAAUACACCAUCCAUACUUGUGCAGUCAAGUAAGGCUAGAUGCAGAUUUUGUCUUUCCAAAUCCUGAACCUUCAACCUUGAUGAUAAUGAUGUUGUUGAUGAUGAUGAUGAUGAUGAUGAUAAUGAUGAUGAUGAUGAUAAAUACAACAAUUACGAAUCAUUAUUAGUUAUAUGUCCUAACCACAACGUAAAUAUUAAUGAAAUAUUUUUGACUCUUCUGUUUGGUUGUUUUAUCUUUCUUAACCUUUCACCUGUUUUGUCACAGGGGGAUAACCUGGAGUAACCUGCGCAGUUUCUUCUCCUGGGCUCAGUCAUCAGGAAGUUCCAGCAGAAAUGAGUUACAGCUUGUCAGUAUCAAAACUGGUAUGAUCAUCUCAUCUGAAAGUUGUCUUCCUUUUUUAUCAACAAGCUUUUUAGUUCAGCUACAACAACAAAAUGGUCUUUGCUGCAGACUUUAGAAAAAGUCUUCAGUUCUUCAUUGACUUUUUAUCUGGUUGCAUUUAAGGUCAAAGUACUCCCAUUCAGCUUGGCAAAGCAGCCGAAGAAUCCACAGUAGAAGCAGUUAAGGUGUCUCAUCUGAGGUAAGUACUACAAGAACUUCUAUGCCGUAAGGGCCGAUUAAAGUUGCAGUGAAAAUUAUAACAAUGCAACAUGUUUUGAUAUUUGUCACUAAGACCCAAAAGUAUCAGAAAUGGCCAAACUAUGUCAUGAUAUCUUCCAAGACCCUAACCCAUUGUAACAUUAAACAGGCAUACACCAGGGAAGUUGUCUGGAUUUUUGGCUUGACAAGAAUAUGUAGCUAUUGCUGCAAAAUCCAAAAGCAACUGUCAUAUAAUAAGGAGCAAUUAGACCAUUUUAAGCAACCAUAAUAAUCAAUAAAUUGAUGGAUUUUGCCAACAAGAUGCAAUCCUGAUUGUGAAAUGCCAGACUGUAAUUUGACUGUCAGUUUUUUUUCCAGUACCAGCAGCUGUAUCUUUUAGUUGAUGUUCUUUUUUUAGCAAUUGUUUUUAUUUGGCAGGCAAUACUUCAUUGUCAUAAUCAAAGACAGGCCGCUACAGCUGUGGGAUUUAAAGAACUUAACAGUUCUUAGAGAAAUGCCAUCUAACUUCUCAUCAGUGACUGCUUUGGUAUGUAACAGUCAGCCGGGAAAAUUAGUGUUAAUGGAAGAAUUUUUGGUGUAAGCAGGACAUAAAUGUCAAUAAUGUGUAAUAAACCAAACUCCUGCUUUUAACAGGUUCUAGAAUUGACAAAAAGUAUGGUGUACUUGCAGAACUUUUUUUCCAAGUAAGACAUACUAGGCUUUAAGUGUCAUGUUUUUGUUUGCUUUGGAAUCUUGGACAUUUGUUAGUUUUGUCAGUCAGUUGCAUUUUAAAAUGUCCCAAAAAUGCAAUUUGAUUCAGAGAAAAAUGUCAUUUUACUGAGCUAUCAAUAUAAUACCUGGCAUAAAAGAAAAAGGUAAAGAGUCCUUUUUUUUACGUCGGUGGAUUGAAAUAGUCACCUGACUAAAAAACCUGAGGCCAGAGGUGCACUCAUUUUACCACCCCACCUCCUUCUCCAUCAGUACUCCGUUUUAUGGAUAUUUUAAGCUACUUUAAGCUACACAGAACACAAAGAAGUCAAAAGAAGGAUUUGUUGUCACACCUGAAGUAGGAAAUUUGGAACUUCCCACCCAGAAGGCUGCUCACUAACCAACUGUGCUAAUCCACAUUCCUCAGCCCAUUGUUAAGUUAUAGCUACCAUCAACGUGUAAGCAACAGAAGUAACUAAAAUCUGUUCUUUUUUUCUUUGAAAGGAAUGGUCUCCAUCGAGUCAUUCUAAACAACUGAAAAAGAAGCUGAGUCAGAAGUUAGAGUCCAGUCCAUCUGGUAUUGCAGCAAAUGUCCUGGACCCAAGCAAGGCAGAACAUAUCACCCCAACACAGGUUCACUGUCCUACUGCUUCUGCUCUGUAAUAAUAUUCUGCUCAACUGAACAAGCAAUUUAUCACAGCCCAGGGUUAUCAAAAGAGAAAGUUAGGAAGUAGAUUGGCUGGCGGAUAGUGACACCUUUAUUUCCUCUACUGUCCUCUUUACUGUCGAACUGUGCCCAGUGAAACUAGGGAAAUAGCUGGUGAUAUUGCCAGUUGCCAGUACCUUUUGACACCUCGUUAUUAGGGUUCCUUAACAAUAAAAUCAUGUGUCACAUGUUCACCAUUACCAGGGUUUAAUUCCAGGAAUUGGCCGAUGAGGGCCCUUUUUCAAGAAGGGGAAUUUAUUUUGUUUUUUGACCUACCAUCUUUUUCAUUGUCUUGAUUGUCAUGGUGCAGAAUUUCACCAUCGCUAGCACUGCCAGUUGGCUUCUCUGUAAACUUCUAGGCUGAUAACAGCUUAAUGGUUAACUGAAAUAUUAUUUUAUGAAAUGAGACAGCGUUUAUGUUCUUUUUUAUCCGUUGGGUAAAUGUGCCUUCAGUAGUGAUUAUCGUUUCUAAACCCCAUUUGCUGCACAUAUGUAAAUUUUAUGCAGCCUUAUUUUUUAAAUUGCAGAAACCCUGCAAUGCUACCCUCUAGAGUAAUCCCUUCAUCACUGGUUGACCCUAUAUUGAAGUUGCAUAACAAUCAAGUUUGUGUUUUUUAGUCAUGGAUAAGGGAGCACUUUGUGUGUGUGGAUCAAGAUAAACUACUUUAUCAUUUUCUUGUGGAAGGAACAACAGUUAAAGAUGGAUCCAAAGUUCAGUGUGAUGUAAGUUAACUUGUUUACCAUAUGAGACAGAAAUUUCAGUAAACGUUUUAAUGAUAACUUUUUGGGGUAGGAUACUAGUAAAUCUUGCAAGUAAUACUUGGUUAUUUUUGCUGUCCCCACUACCCAGAGUUCCCUUGGUCUUGUCACCUACAUAGCAUGGAAAGGUGAUCUGUUAGUGUUGUCUGAUGUAGAUGGUAAUUUAAGCAUCUGGGAACUCAAGGCAAGAGUAACAAGGUUAGUUUUCACUUUAACGCAGUUUUUGUUCUUAAUUCAGUAACCAACACAAUGCACAUGUCACGUACAUAUCUUAUUGUACUUAUAAUGCACUUUGAAGAAUGAUGUAAUUAAAUUUGUUGGGUUUGUGGUGGCUGCUCUUAGAAAACCCUUUUUUUCAUAGAAUUACCAGUAAUUAGUAAAAAUGUCAUUUGCCAGUAAGAACAUUAUGAGUUAAAUGUCUCUUUAGUCAUUGGCACCAAUGACUUCAUAGCCUUUUGUUUUCAUCUUGUAAAAAUGCGGAGGAAUCUCAUUGACUGAGGAGGAGGAGAAGGAGGGAAAAACAAUACAAAUGAGUGAACUGUAGUCUAUGUCUUUAGUGAUGGAAAGAGUUGUGUUUCAUUCACCUUCACUACUAUGCACAAAUAAGGCGCCAAUAUCCCUGAACUGGAGCUGAUUCAAAUCGUUAUCUGUGAUGGACAAAAAAAGCAGCUACGUAUUACCUUACCAGUAAUACUUAAUACUCCUCCCCUUAUUCAGGGUUAAUUUCAUCCCUACUAUACUCACUACUAGUUUUGUAUUUUAGGAGUAUGGUUACCCAUCGAGGUCACAUUAAGAAAAUCAAAUUUGGUCCAGGAAGAGGAAACAACAAGCUUGCUGCACUCUACAGUGAUGGAAUUGAUAUCUGGGAUUUGCAAAAGGUAGGUUACACUGGCGGGUCCAGGGGAGAGGUCCAGGGGGGCCCUUAUGGAACGGUGACAAUUAUGUCAAAAAUGUGAAAUAUCGUCAGGCACUGAAACUUGUUAAAACAUAACUGAAUAUCAGUUAAACCAAUAAUACAUUGACGUCAUUCAUAUGUUCGGACGAGAGUGGUUCAUGAUGAUUGUGAGAAAAUGACUACUGAGCAAAGUUCUGAGAAAUGCUUGGGUAGUGAACUAGCAAGGUAUACAGAUGAAAACAUCAAUUGAAAGGUUUAAGUUGUUAACUCGUUUUUGGCCAUUAAAUAAACAUGGAAUGAGCUCUUUUUCUCUUCCACCAGUUUGAAGUUUACAGCAGCUACAAACUUCCAAAGGAUUCUCCUCCUCUUGUCGACAUGGAUUGGUUAGCAUCAGAUUUACCAAUUGUGACACACUCAAAUGGAGCUAUUGUUGUUAUGACAAUGGGCCUAAAAAGCUCUUCCUCGGCUAUGGCUGAUAUGGACCUUGAUGGUAGGCUCCUAUGGCACCUUGAGAGUAAAGUGUAUCUAGGACCCCUAUAAGUGUUCUUUUCCUCAUCACCACCUGGCUCCCUUGGAACUCUGCCAAAUAUACAAGUUGUAAAUGACAGUUUCUCGUAAUCCCAAUUUUCUUAAAUUCUGUCAGAUUUCAUAAGUUCCCGAGAUGGAUGAGAGAGAAUACGGAGUUUUCUCAGAAUGUUUAGUCAAACGUACCUCCAAUCCAUUAGUUGUUACAGCUACUGGCCUCAAAUUUAAAUCGGCAUUCCUGCUUGAGUAAUUGGCAGUGAAUUUCUAGUUUAGACUACAACUUCUCAGUGUUCGUAGUUAGAAAUUUCAACUUCCUACUUGUGAAUUCUCUGCUCAUGACGUACGUAAUAAUGAGGAAAUUAAUUUCAUGUAUGCAACAACUAUGUCAUUUCAAUUUUCAAACAAUGAAACUGAUUUGAAAAUUGAACCACAACAUAUACAUAUAUGCAAGUACUUUGUGUAGGCAUCACAACGUAUCCUAGGGCGGUUUGAGAUAUGGAAACUAACGUUUACCCAAUGACACGUCGGCCAUGUUGGUGUUCCAAACCAGUCCUGUGAAAGUUGAACUCUUUUCUUAUGCAAAGCUUUCUUUUGUUCCAAUAAAUUUGCAUAGAUACUGGUCACGUGAGUGAAAACACUCUAUAUGUUUGAAUUCAUUUGAUAGGUCCUUUGUGGUGCCCGUAUAUUAUGGAACCUAAGACAAGUCUUAUUCUCAAGUCUCUACUUCAACACUCUCUUGGAAGGGACCGGUACUCACUGACGGAUUUUUCAGACUUGUAAGAUCUAUUUAGUGAAAACAGAAUCUCAUAAGGGGUUGAAACAUGUAACUCUCAUAUGUUUGCUUUGUCCGAUGCUCGACAGCAACAAAAGCGUCACUUAAAAAGUGUAUUCGCGCUGCUUCAAACUUGAUCGCGCUUAUUCCACCUCGUUCAGUUCGUCUAAAGACGGUGUGAAAGUUCAGGAAAAGAAAAAGAAAUUCGCUGCAUUGUGUUUUCGCCCCCCACAAAAGGGACUUUCAUGUCGUAGUCGUGUAGUGAUGGCAAAGAAAUGUACAAAAAAGCGUGAUGCCCGUGCAAGGUUGUUUUUGAACCUGUUGCCUUUUUAAGGCCGCAGCGAGGUUUCCAAAUAUGGUACUUAGAAAAACUGAAUAUUCACAAGCAUUGAACGCGAGUUACACGUUUCAACCCCUUAUGAGUUUCUGGUGAAAGUUCGAAUCUGUUUUAUCAAUUUUUAGUUCCAUCCUAUCUUACAGAUCGAGACCAAAAUUGUCCCUCGAGGCAGCUUGGUAAUAUGACUUUCUCUAGUAAAUAAAAAAGAGAGAGAGAGAGAGCCUUGAACUCGACUCACCACUGGUACCCACGUACAUCUGUUGCGCUAAACGAAGAAUAGAAUUACCAAAACGAUUAUUUGAAAAAAUAGUUUUUAAAGUGUUGUUGAACCCUAAAGCCUUUACAUCCGUGUACGAGACCCAAAGACGCUUUUCCUAACUUAAUCGGAACUUUUCUUCCCACUUAUGCACUUUCCUUCUACUUCACCUUCUUACACGUAUACGGUAUAUAAGAAGCAUUAAGACAGAAUAUAUCAAAAAUGCGGACAGUGUUACAACAUUUAAAACAAAACUUGAAACAUUUCUAUUCAGGAAAUGUUUCAAUUGAUUCUCAUGCUUAACAUUUUAGGUUUUUUUUUAAAGUUUUACAAUACUUGAUCAUUGAUUUUCAUGCCUUACAUUUUUAGGAUUUUUAAGUUUUACAAGUUGGUUUUAAAGUUUUUACAAACAUGAUAACAUUUUAGGAUUUUUUUUAAGUUUUACAAUACUUGAUGUAUGAUGUUACAAUUGAUUUUCAUGCUUAACGUUUUAGGAUUUUUAAAGUUUUACAAUACUUGAUGUAUAAUGUCACAAUGGGCUAGAAAUGUAAUGAUUUUCAAUCGGUUUUCAUAAUGUAAAGCGCAUUGAGGAUAGAAAUGCGCUUAAUAAGAAUCUAUAUUAUUAUUAUUAUUAUUAUUAUUAUUAUUAUUAUUAUUAUUAUUAUUAUUAUUAUUAUUAUUAUUAUUAUUAUUAUUAUAGUGAAAACCACAUCAUCUAUUUGUUCUUUUUUUACUGACGUCCCUCACGCUGUCACACGGUAUCGUUCAGAAAGAAAAACGAAAAACAGCAGUCCCGGCGUGCUGUAAGAUCUGGUCAUUCUGGCUAAUUAUAGAUGUUGAGCAUAAUCAGCUGAAUCAAACAAAUACAUCUACAAUGGAAGACAAAAGUAAAGUAAAUUUUUUUUUUUAGGGAAUUAGAAAGUAAAGAGUCCCUGACUGAAAUUCAAAAUCAACUGAAGAUGAUUCCACAGUAAGUAUUGUAAUUUACUGCCGUAAACUGGGCUUGACUAUAUAUUUACAUCUUAGACACCUCUCUUUCGCAAACGGACCGUUGCAUUAUUCUGCUGCUAAAACAGGCACAUGGUUCGAUUCGCUACAAAUGGUUGUUGCAUUAUUUUAAUUUAUAUAAAAACCGCCAUUCUUAAUACUCCAGGAAAUGUCACCCAAGCGUCUUUGUACUUUAUCUGAUGCUAUCCCCCCCCAUUAGGCGUUUUUAACAGAAACACUAUUCCAUCCCCUCCCUCUCCUGCCAUGAGGUAUAUCAGAGUCGCCCAUACUCAAUUAUGUGUAGUUAUUUAGCUUACGGAAACUAUUCGACUGUUAUUGCGAGUACAUUCUUAUUUUUCUUUGACAUAUUAACAGAGAGCGAAAAACAAGAAUGUUUGCAAAAUCGCCUCAUGUUCGCGUCACCUCUCCGAGAGGUGAUUUUUCGGGCGAUAAAGAGACCAGACUAACCUUCACGUUAAGAUCUUGUGUUUCGAUAUUUUUAUUUCCAGAAGCACCACAGAUCUGCUGAUGAACACAGCGCUGGGGACCGCACAAAAGUGUUUUUUAACAGCACAGUGAGUUAUAUGGUUCAAAGUGUUAAUUCAUUCAUACUGAUCUGCGCUCAAAAAGAUAUGUUUUAAUGGUAUGUAGUGUAAAUAAUAGUUAUGGCACUUGAAGUCUAUGAAAGCGAGAGAGUAGGAUUUUAGAAAUUUGCCAUUCGGGAAGCCAGUGAUUUCAAAUGUUGUUUGUGAAAACUCACUGAUUAUUAUUUAUUUUCAGUUUAUUUGGAGAUGAAGCUGAGACAGUGUUUUGGGAGGUCGCUCUUCACUACCUCAGACGAGAAAAGUCAAGAAUAUUAUGUUUGAAACAUCAGGUAACAUAUUCGCGUACAGGUUGCAGUCAGUAUCUCACUUCCGGAAAUGAACACUGUACGUUUGAAGUUCUUUACAACCAUGUCAAUGUUGGUUUUCUUUACUUUUUUCAAUUGACACAAUUGAAAAACGCUUCAUGGCACUGAUAGACUGCAUUUGUGUGAAAAAAAUGACUCGACUUCAUCCCUCGGCCUUCACUGUUUGACCAGAAAAGCUGAGAGGAUGGGAAAAAAAAACAUUCAAGUUAUUUUGGGCCUCACAAACACUGUCAAAUUUGUUGAAAUUUACUGUCCUCUUGUUAACAUGUGUAGUGUGUUACUAGUUUAUUAUUCACUGAUUUUUUUUGAGACUGAACACCAGCCCUCGUACAGUGGUCGUUCAAGGUCACAGUCAGUUGACUUCUUUAAUCCAUCUGAAUCCACGACCAAAAUUAAACGAAGCUACAGUGCCCGGAGCCUGGAUCUACUAUCAAUAGAUGACGACCUUGACCUCUGUGGCCGAGAGGAAACUGAAGCUAGUGAGAGCUUAAGCUGCAGCUGUUACCCAGUCUCCCUCGACACCUGUUAUGAUAUUAUCAGUGACACCGAUGCUUUUCAGGUGUGUGUCUGUUUUAAAACAGGAAAGUGAUAAUUUGCAAACCCUCACAGUCACAUUCAUUUAUCAAUACACUCGCUGUCCACGGACAAAUGUUGAUUACACUGGCCGAUAUUCGCUCAUCUUGACCAUUGCUUAUAGACCUUAUACAAAAUUAGCCAGUGAUAUUCGAGCAUUGAUCAGGUUUCGCUCAUCUUGACCACUGCUUAUAGAAAAUUAGAAAGUGAUAUCCUAUCAGUAAUAUAUAGAUUUAGCCAAGGCUAAGACGUAGCUGCCGUAUAAUCUUCUUCAAACAAUAAACUUGUUUGAACAAUAACCUCUACUCAACCUACUUAUGAAAUGACUCCUGGCCGUGGGUUCAAAACUUUCACAGUUUUAAACUUGUAACCAUUGCAAAGAAAUCCACUUCGAGUUAAGGCUGCGAUCAGACGAAAAGUACUAACUUGUCAGCGGAUAACUUAAAAAAAAAAACAGGUAACCCUGAUGGUUCGACACCUGAGCCCGCGAUACGGUCAUGUCAUACUGGUCAACGGAUACUCUGUUUAGACAGCUGUCAAUUGACCACAACAUGGAUGUGCAAUAUCAGGUUGUACGCUCCCACACUAGCUAAAAAGUGUGACAUUUUCACAUUGGUUUGCCUGUGGCGCGGACGGGCAGGCACUUUACUACCAACAUUCCUUGGGUGGAGAGUAGCCAAAUUUUCUUAGCUAUGGGGGCUGUUGAGCUCCCUUAUCAGUUCAUUGAAUUUAAGAUUUUAAGUUAUUGAAAAUGUUAAUCCAACACUGAUUCACCAUCAGUGUCCAAUGUUUGAAAAACUUUGACCACUGUAGUUGGUAAUUAACGAACAAUCCCAAUUUAACAAUGCAAUUUUCGCUAUUUAGAGAAGUCAGCUCGAUCGCCUUGCACUUCAUGACAGUAAACGAUCCACAUAUGAUCACACAAGGAAAUGUGCCGAAACUCUGGUGCUGUUGGGACAGGUAUGCCGGAACUCUUUAUUAACUCAGUUUCGACAUGAUUUCAGAACGGUUUUUCUCAUCUGUUGGGUUCUUACCAUUUGACCUUUUAGGUGGGGGGGUUGGGUGAUUUCAGAAAAAACAUUUAGUAAAGAGACCAGGAGCAAAACAAGUUCUUGCAUAGAGUUAUAAUCUUAUAUUUACAACAAGAAAAGAGCGUUUCUGCAUUCCUUUAAACAAAGGCAGCAAUUCAACGCUGGGGUGGACAAAAUACAGUGAUUUGUAUGAAAUCGUCCACCCCUAGCCUCGAUCUCGAUCUGAUUGUGUGUGCUCACUAGGGCAAAAAAUUGAUCACAUCUUUGUUUCUCUCUCAACCACGGUCGUAGGCUUGGAAGAAUUCUUACCUUGACCAAAUUAUGAAACCUUUCACGGUUGACCCUUAUGUCAUGAUAUUCUGUUGUUUUUGUAGGCCGACAGAGCAGUUCAGCUUUUCUUGGAGACAGAUGCUGCUAAUGAUAACUAUUAUGUAGACUCUCUCAGGUAUUAUUACUCUUUAUCUCAACCGUUUUCUGAUAUUGGAGCCUUUCCUCAGCCAGAACAUGCUCCCAGCAAUCUCACUUCGUCUUUUUAAACAAACUGGGGACCUUCAGCAUUAACGACGACGACGGAAGUGAAAACAUCACUAAAAAAAUGAAUUUGCGUCCUUUCAAACUUUAUCGCGUGUAUUGGAAACCGCACAUUUCGUCAAAUGUAGGCGAGUUUUCCUGGAGUUGAAUUCUUAACGACUCUAUCCAAGUUCAAAUAGAGAAAGGACAAUUUGUCGUCGUACGUCCAUGUCCUCCACAAAACGUCGCAUUGGGAGGUUUCACGUCGUAAUCGUGCAGUGGACGUCAAAGAAAUGUACUAAAAAGCGUGAUGCACGUGCAGAGCAGUUGUUUUGCUCAUAAAACCUAUUGUUUUUUUUUACGUUGUCCUUAUCGUCGUCCUCGUAGUUGCUUAAGUUCCCUACUAUGUCACGGUCAUCGUCUAUUUGUAGUCCGAGGAGCUGCGCUUCAAACGGAUAUUGGUCGAUACUGACAAUCAGAACACUGAACUUAACCUCAAUUCCUGUCAUUUGUUCCUCGGACGCCUUUCAUAUUCUCCUUUAAGACCUUUCCUGAAGGAUGUUUUUCAACCACUACAGGGCUCGUUUUUUCUCAGAAAAAUAUCAUCUGAGAACACUGGAACCAAGCGAGAAGAAACUAAACUAAUUCUGAAGCAAAAAUUUUACAUUUGUUCCAUUUCCUUUUUAGAGCAUGUCUUGUAGCAACAAUCCGUUCUUCAGGCGCAUCACAAAGCACAAUAAAACUUGUAGCAACAAAUCUUAUUGCCAGCGGUAAAUUAGCAGGUUGGUACGUUUAACCUAUUUUAUUAGACUGCAAAACAGUCCGUGUUUUUGCGUACUCAAGUACGUGCGCACAGUCAAACACAAGGCUCUCACGCUUUGCGCGUUUAAGAUUAUUAAGCUACGCUGAACCGAUUUUGAGAAAAAAACCGACUGUUUUGCAGUCUACUAUUUUAUUAACUUACGUUGAGAUUCCGGCAUCUUCAGCCAGUCAAAUAUGGCGCCCCUUUAUGUAUCACUAGUUCUGACCAGUUUUGGGCAUUCUUUCUCUCGAACGGAAAAUAUCUAACAAUUUGACCUGUGUUGCCCGUACAAAUGUCGCGAAAAUGUUUUCAUUUUGUGCUAAUAUUGCGCAAUAUCAAGAGGGGGUGAAUUGUUGACGUUUGCUUUGUUUUACUGAAUACAGAGGGAGUGCAGUUGCUGUGUUUGAUUGACAAAGGAUUAGAUGCCUGUCGAUAUCUUCAGACCUACGGGGAAUGGGAUCGAGCAGCCUGGCUUGCAAAGGUAAUAAGAAAGGACAUGACCAACCACAAAUGUGACGACACAAAACAACAGGUUAAAUAAUAGCUGAUGACACUGCUUCUGUUUAUAUGUGUCCCGCUUCAAAUCUUUGCUGCUCUCAGUAAAACGACAUUUUAAUAUAUGCAGCCGGAUUAAAAGUUUUUAGCUGGUCUGUGAAGCAGGUCUAUUUGGUGGCGCGCGAACCAAAACUAUGGCUGAGCCUGGCGCGCGAGUUAGUGCACGAGCAGAAAGAAGAGGACGGCAAAACGCUCGUGUGUGACAAACGUAACAAGGCUAUUACUUACGUGUUCUUUAACAUAAGAUAAAGUAAGAGAAAAGAUAAGAACAGGUGUUGGCGGAAAGCGCUUUUAAACGGAAUUACUGUCACGCUUGUCCCACAAGAUUUACGGUAUUUCCUCUCCCGUCCUGUUGCGUAAGCGUACUAUUGUGGGAAUACAGAAGGACGGGAACGGAUGACAAGUACAAGACGACAGUGGAUGUUUUUUUUCUUUCUCUUCCUCGUUUCGUCCAUACCCUGUUUCACCAAACAAAGUAGCUCACUACAAAUCGACUGCAAACGGCUAGACUUGAUUAAUUUCCCUUUUUGUAAGAAGCUCUGUUUAUAGUCACAAAACCAGUACAACUGUAAAGAAGUUUAUAAGAACGCAAAACCCUUUCUUGACUCUUUUCUUGGUCCGUGAUUGGACAAGAAAGGAGAAGAUUUAUUUUAGUGUCCUUGAUUGCCUGCCUGCUUGCUUGACUAAUCUAAAUUUUAGGCAACUCUCAACUACCCUGACUGCGCUGAGGUGAUGAGAAGAUGGAUUGAACACCUUUCUAGUACAUACACCAGUCAGCAGGUCAGUACACAAUAACAAUUAAGCCUCCAAUUUAAUAGUUUAUGACAUAAGGCUAUGCUCGGCUAGGGGGCUUCAAAGGUAGAAUGGUUGGUUUUGAGGUAUGUUAUGUUGAGAUGAGAGCGUUUGCCUGUCUUCACACUAUACCUGAUAGCUUUUGCGCCGGCACGAAAACCAUAUUGGAUAUGGUUUCUGUCCACACAUAAGAAACGGUAGCAAUCGUAAAAGUGGACCGUCACAUAUUAUUUCAGCCACUCUUUGUCGCAGUGUGAACAGAUGUUCGGACAGUAAAUGAGUAGGAGCCAGGACUGGAACCCCCUGAGCAGAAGUAUAUAUUCCGAAUUGAGGAAUGGGAUCUUGUACUCUAAACCCUCUAGGCCAAUCGCUCCGGUACGAUGUGUGAAGUGUGAUAUGUGGAAUGUGUGAACGGCUUGUUCCACUUCUCUGCCGUCACCGUUCAUGCUGAACAACAAAGCCUUCAAUCUCGACACAAAAAUACAUAGGGUGUGGUGUAAACAUUGCAGAUAAAGUACGAGGGCUUAGUUUCCAGGCGUUUUGCUAUUAGCUAUCGUUCUGUCUCCGUGUCGAUCCUGUGGAGAUUCCCACCCCCUCACGAACAUGCGGUAUUUCUUAACUCAAAUAUGAUCCCUAUACCACUCUUUCCCGGGUCUUGCGGCAACUGUUAGUGGGACUAUCACACCAAGAGCAUUGGAAGCGUGACCGAGUAAAGAGUGGUCUUCUCUUUUGCGUGGAUACGUGCUCCAGUUAGCGGAGGAAGACUGUCAAUGUUUGAGUCAUUUGUACGCAAAAAUGUGGCCCUACGAAAGGGAUUUGUUAUAACCCAACCUUAGCUAGGCUGUCAUGUUUUUUUUUUUGUUUUUGUUUUGUUUUUUUCAGAGCAAGGCUGUAUUGGUGUUACUUUCUUUGGGCAAGUUCUAUAAAGCUCUAGAUAUGUUGUACAGGUAAGUGGAAAAACUGUAUAAGAUAAGGAUAUAAUUUAAGUUUCACAUGGUUGAAAACAAGAGCGUCGAAAACGGUUUUUUAAUUCCAUUAACUUGGGUAAGUAGAAAUUAGGCGUGAAUCGUGUUGAAGCAUCGUAGCUCUUCUCUCGAAUAUCCGAAUAUAAGACUGGGGAGCGAGCUUAUUAUACGUUUACACGUGCCAACCAGCUAACCCAGCUUUCACUCCUCCCACCUUCACUCUCAUGUGGCUUGGAUUCUGGACUUCUGCUAUACUCACGCUGCAGGCGUCGCCUAUCAAUAUUAAUGUGCCAACCAGAAGCACAUAUGUUCUUGACACAAAAGAUGCUUUUGUUUCACUUGUUACAAAUUUGAAUUACAAUAACAAUGUUUGUAAACAGUGAUGUCUCUUAUAAUGCUUACAAUCACCCUGUGGUAAGAUAUUAAGGUUUAAGGGAGGAAUGAGAGUAGUAUAGUAAACACCAAAUGUGUGUUUUUUGUGAAGCAAUUCACGAAAAAAACUGCGAUAAAAUUGUUGUUAGCUUGCGGAGAGUGGCAUCACUGCAUGAUGUUUAUCUCGUACCCAGAUCUCUUUCGGUCAGUUCAAAUGAGUGACUACGAUGGUGAUCUCAGUACAAGUUAAGGAAAAUGUAAUGUUCAAUUUUAGCACAAACGCGCGCGGUCAGAUGUACCUUAUAUUUAUUAUUUAUCUGCAGCAUGCGGUAUUUUGACCGAGCAGGAUUGUUUGCAGAAGCUUGUCAAGAGUUUGGUUUUCUUUCUCCCGAAGAGGAAAAAAACAGUAUCCUUGCAAAGCUUAGUUGAUUUGAACUGCUUCCCAUGGUGUUGUCUCUGAGACGCCCUGCCAACAAGAGCCACCAGAAUAUGAUCAUUAGUUCUAUUUCAAGAUUGUUCUUGAGGUUAAGAAGAAGUUAUGUAGAAUAAAACUGCUUAAAAACGGGGGAACUAGUCAGUGUAGUGUAGAGCCUGUAGAAAAGCCUCGGGUAGUCCAUUUCUGACCUUCUUUUACGCAACUUCGAGAGCGUGGCGUUGCGUGAUAAUCUGAUAAAAGAUAGUUAGAAUUCAUCUCACGGAAGGUGGGGGCCGCAGCGGGGAAGGAAAAGGAAACACGCACGUACCCGACGAGUGGAGGUUUCUUGCAGACUGUGCUAUGUGUUAUCGAAAGUGUAUAAUAUCCUUGACUCGUGUUGUAUUAGCUGCACUGGUCCAUGCUGUGUACACUGAGUAUGCACGCUAUCUUCAUGGUCUUGGACUAAAAAAAGCUGCUUAUUUCUUCGCUAAUAAAGCUGGACCAAAGGCUAAGCAACUCAUAGAUGGACUGUAGAUAACAAGAUCCAAGCGAGCGGUUUGCUGUUUGCUAAUUGCAGCAAAGUACUACAAAGUAUGUGUACCAAAAACAGCUUUUCAGGAAGCUGUUUCAAUAAACGAUGUAAACAUUGGGAGACCUAAUGCGUGAUAAAGAUAUUGAGUAAAAAGGCUGCCUGGAGAAUUGUUCCAAGCUCAAACAAAGGCAAUUAAUGAUGUAAUUUGUAAGACGCAUCUUUCUGUAUUUCAUGUAUCAGUGGUACUAAUUAUACCUUGCAAUAUAUAGUGAACCGAUAGACUUCGGUGGAGAUCAUAAAAAGUAGCAAUUAUAAAACCAACUCAAGUUUACAGAUGUCCUUUGUUAGAAGUUAUACUCGAAUUAUGAUUGGUGUAUAACAAAAAUUAUGUAAGGUACUUUGAAAAAAACUUCGUUAAGUCAAUGCAGGCACUGCUUGUAUUUCAAUCAAAUCUAUUUUAGUAGAAUAA